CGAUAAGGCAGAUUUGUACGCUGCGCUCUUUUCACAUCUCUUCCAGCAGUUAAAGCGCCAAGAGUCAUUAGUCAUUAGGAAAAAUAAAACCAUACAACACUUUUUAGUUUUUUCUCUCUCUACGUCGCAGCUGGUUUCAAGAUCUCAGUCGAGCGUUAUUUACGUCAACACCGCAGGAUGGCAGAAAAGAGAACAUGCUGCGGACCGGGCUACAGGAGUCCAAGAGCGGCGAUGCUCGAGGGACCCCGUGAAAAGCUCAUGUACGUCGUUGGGAUACACACAGAUCCCGAAAAGGCCGAUGUCCUUUGCACGGUCGACGUGGAUCCUGACAGUCCCACGUACUGUCAGAUAAUACACAAACUAAGAAUGCUAGCGGUUGAGGAUGAAUUACAUCACUCCGGCUGGAACAUCUGUAGCAGCUGUCACGACUCGUUACGUAAACGCGAUACCCUGGUGUUACCAUGUCUUAUGUCAGACCGGGUUUAUCUCAUUGAUACGAGUGAUGAAAAAGCGCCUAAGAUUAAGAAGGUUCUCGAACCGAAAGAGAUGCACAAGUAUGGAUUAUCCACGCCUCAUACUUCUCAUUGCUUGCCAACUGGCGAGAUAGCAAUCUCUACCAUGGGGAAUCUCGAGGGCGACGGAUUGGGCGAAUUCUUCUGUAUCGACGCAGAGACCCUGGAGGUGAAGGACACGUGGACGAAAGGCGACGUUAAAGCGAACUUCGGAUACGACUUCUGGUAUCAGCCGUAUCACGACAUCCUCGUCGCCUCUGAAUGGGGCGCGCCUAAAGUUUUCAAACAUGGAUACAUUCCACAAGACGUUUACAAUCCCAAGGCUUACGGCAGAAGCUUGAACGUUUACUCGUGGAACGAGCGCAAGCUGAAGCAAACCAUCAAUCUGGGAGAGGACGGAAUCGCGCCCCUGGAGAUCCGAUUUCUUCACAAUCCCUUGGCAGCUGAAGGAUUCGUGGGUUGCGCGGUGUCGUCGAAUAUUUACCGAUUUUACAAGGCGGAAGAUGAUUCGUGGAAGGCGGAGAAGGUGAUCCAGGUGUCACCGAAGGAAGUUGAAGGCUGGGCGAUGCCGCUGAUGCCAGGUAUGAUUACCGACAUCCUUCUGAGUCUCGACGACAAGUACUUGUAUCUGUCCAACUGGUUGCACGGCGACAUCAGGCAGUACGACAUCUCCGACACUAGAAAUCCGAGAUUGACCGGUCAGAUCUUUCUGGGCGGGUCAAUACUGAGCGAUUCGCAAGUACGAAUGACUCGGGACGAAGAACUGAGCGAUCAGCCUGAUCCGGUCUACGUGAAGGGACGGAGGUUGCACGGUGCUCCGCAGAUGUUGCAGCUGAGUCUGGACGGACGUCGCUUGUACGUCACCACGGCGAUCUUCAAGCCGUGGGACAAGCAAUUCUAUCCCGAUCUCUUCAAAUACGGGUCGACAAUGGUGAAGCUUGAUGUCGACGUCGAGAAUGGCGGCAUGAAGCUAGAUCGUCAAUUCCUCGUUGAUUUCGGCGCCGAUAAGAGCGAUAUUCUGCUGGCGCACGAGAUGCGAUAUCCUGGAGGAGAUUGUACUUCUGACAUAUGGCUACCAGAAAAGUAAUGGUGAUUGGAUCGAAAAAAAUAAUAAAGAUAAUAGAAACUUAUAUCUUCGGGAAUAUAUGCGUUAUUGAUUUUAUAUUCAUAUUAUUUUGUACGAUUUAUCUUCUUUAAUAAAGUUUCUCAGCCUAAGAAAUUA